AUACGUAUUCUUCGUAAUACUGUUCAUUCUAUGUUUACAGCAAAAUCUGUAGCUUUCUUCCUACCGUUGAUUGUGUCUAUGUCAAUCGCAUCUCCCAAGCCUCAACCGCCUCAAGCCGAGCCUCUGUAUCACAGAAAGACAACACCACCAUCACCACGGCUAUCAAUACCGGAUUCAAGGUUACAACAGCUUUACCUAUGGAAAAUGGUCGACUUCAUAUACCCCAGCGAAGCCAGACGUGAAGAAGCCAUAGCAAACGGUUCCUUUAGGCCUGAGAACAGCUUGCCUCUCGGGAUAGAGGUAUGGGAAAACAGGAUAUUCGUAGCUUUUCCAAACUGGAGAAGCGGGAUUCCCGUUACGCUGGCAACUAUACCUCGUGAUCCAGCCCUUGCAGGAGGUACCCGAUCACCACCUUUCAAACCGUACCCUAACUGGUCCUGGCAUGGCAACAACAACUGUUACGGAAUGACCUCAGUGUUCAGGAUGGCUACUGACCCAUGUGCUAGAUUGUGGGUUAUGGACUCUGGUGUCACGGACGCAGCCAACAUGCGUCGUCAGGCUUGCCCACCUCAACUGCUUGUCUUCGACCUCAACUCCGAUGAACUGAUUCUGCGCUACAGGCUUCCGGAUGAUCAAGUCAAGCAAGAUUCUCUUUUUUCCAAUAUAGUAGUUGAUGUACGCGACGGAAGAUGUCUUGAUGCUUACGCUUACGUGUCAGACACGUGGCGGUACGGUUUAGUCGUGUACAGCUUGCAGAAAGAUCGUUCUUGGAGGAUCGUCCAUAAUUUAUUUUACCCGGACCCCAUUGCAUGCCGCUACUCUUUGCAUGGCCUCACCUGGAGGUGGACUGAUGGCAUAUUUGGCCUUGCAUUAUCACCAAUCGACCCUGAAACUGGUGACCGUACACUUCUUUAUCACCCCAUGUCAAGUUUCAGAGAGUUUGCGGUACCUGUCUCAUACAUAAGGAAUCAAACAUUGGCAGACCGCAAUCCAGAUGCGUUUCAACCUCUCGGAGAACCUCGAGCAAUAAAAAGUGGUCAUUCUUCAGGAGAGGCAAUGGAUCGUCGAGGAGUCCUGUUUUUUAAUCUCGUAACACAGGACUCAGUGGGUUGCUGGAAUUCACAGCAACCUUACGGAUACAAGCCAGAGUUGCUUGGCAUUGUGGGUCAUGAUAAUGAAAGCCUGAGCUUCCCAAACGACCUGAAGGUUGAUCACGAUUUGCAUCAAAGUGUUUGGAUUCUCUCAAAUAGACUUCAUCGGUACCUGAAAGGUGGACUUAAUUUCAGUGACUACAAUUACCAUAUCCUAACAGCAAAGACUGAUGUGGCAGUACAAGGAACAGUGUGUGAUCCCAAUUAUACUAUUAUCAGACCGUAGAAUGGACUUAAACUCCUGACUCAGCUGCCCACGCUGACCUGGACCACGAUGAAAACGUCAGAGUUGUGGCUCUCGUGGCGGGGACAAUAUUCUGUGAUAUGAUGCCGUGUAGACUGGUAGAGAUAUAGACACGUUUCGGAAGAAAAUACUGCCUCCAUUUUCAGUUUCACAGUAAAUAAAAGGCAGCGGGCUGAUUACUUGAUUUAUUUACUUCUUGACUCUCAAGUUGGAGGUAAUAGGUUCCUCCGAAUCGUUGGUAAGUUUCUACCAGAAUACACGGCGUCAAAUCAAGAAAUAUUAGUAUACUCAUAAGAAAUUCUAAGAUUUUUGUUGUUUUAAUGUUUAAUUUUAACUUUUUAACCUUUUUAACGUUGGUUCUAGGCACAUCAGAAGUAUGCAGUCUUUUUAAUAGACUUCAUUAAUGAAAUGAAUAUAUAUAUAUAUAUAUUGGAGUUGUCCCUUUUUCAUACGAAAUAGUAAGUUUCUUCAAAAUUUCUGUAAAAGAAAUAUUUUAGUUAAAUUAGGCCUUAGUUUCAAACACAAUAAACACAGCAUGGGAACUUAGUGAGCAGAGAUAUUACUCUGUCUGCCUCACCCACGCCGAGUUCGGUACACAUAUGUUGUUUCGGGCAUAAAUUGGAUUCCACUGUGUUCAAACGUUCGCUAGAGUGCUAUCAUUGUUACAUUCCGAGAACAGUCUUUAGUGAAUGUGAGCUUCAUAUAAUUCAGAUCUCUGGAACACGACCAAAGACAAAACACUAAAUUAACAGUAAUGCAAACAAAUUUCCGAAAGACUGUCAUAGUAUUCCCGAUUUAAAUGACAAUAUCCUUAAAGGAUUGCAAUUAUAAUUGUCUGUUUUGUAACUAAUUUAAAUGCACAUCUGUACCUUCAAAUGCUGCAAUGGGAUUCGAUUUAUUUUUAAUUCUAAUGUGAAUUAAAAUACGUUGUUUCAGUAGAACCUGAACACUGAACCAUCACUGUAGUUCAGUUAACAUCUCAUGUGUAACAGAA